AUGAAUGACGUUGGUAUGAACAGUAAAACCGAGAACAUACUUUCGGCGGCCCCAUCCGCAUGGGAUCAGUUGACGAACCCUUCGCUGGCCGAGCAACACCAGGCACAACAGCAACAGCAGCUGCCGCAGCACCAACAACAGGCACAAUCGCCACAAAUGCAGGCAUCCAGUCCCACCACGGUCAGUGCACCUUUGCUAACACCCACGAAAACGACACCACCCGAUGUGGCUCACAUACCAUCGGGUGUAGCGCCCGGUGCCGUUCCCGGUGCGGCGAUCGGAGCCAACUUCAACGAAGAGCUUUCCCCCGAGCUUACACAGCAAGGUUGGCGCAAAUUUUGGUCGAAACGCGAAGGACGACCAUACUUCUGGAACAAACUGACCGGUGAAUCGCUGUGGGAACCGCCCGGUCUAAACCGUGGACCGCAGCAGUUCGAUCCGUUAACGGAUCCGCUCGGUAUCUGCAGCAACGGACCGCUUCCGCAUCCGCACAACAGUUACAACAAUUCACACCCAUCGCCUCACAACCACAAUACGCUGAAACGACGUGCCUCGGAGGAUGCCCAGCAUUCCGGCCACCUGCCACCGGGUGGUGGUGGAACUGGUGGGCCACCACCGCUGAAAAAGUACGUCCUGCCCGGUCCCUGGGAUCUGGAGGUGCCCACGAACGUGCUCAUCUACGAACGGUUGCCCACCACCUUUCCGCAGCCCUACCCGGAGGUGGAAGCGCUCCGUGGUUCACUCACGCUCCGGCUGGCCAAAACGUACGAGGAUCUGUGCAAUAAGCGGGAAUCGAUCGCACCGCCGAAAGAUUCCUUCCAGCGGUGGCUGAUCGAGCGGCGAAUCAUCGACCAGGGCGUGGAUCCGCUGCUGCCGAGCCAGUGCCAACCGGAAAUCUCACAACAGAUGUAUCGCGAAAUACUGCGCGACAUUCCGAUCAAGAUCGUGAAGCCGAAGUUUACCGGUGACGCACGGAAGCAGCUGUCGCGGUACUGUGAUGCAGCGAAAAAGAUCGUCGAGCGGCGGGGCGCCAGCGAGGAGAGCAAAAAGAUCGUCAAGUGGAACGCGGACGAAGCGUACGAGUGGUUGCGGCGAACGGUGGGCGCCAGCUACGAAGACUUCCAGGAUCGGCUCGCACACCUGCAGCGCCAAUGCGAACCGCACAUCAUCGCAACGGUGCGCGUCAGUGUGGAGCAGCUGUGUGCCAAGCUGUACCACCUUUCGGUGCAGCACGCGCGCAACAUCCGCGAACGGCACGCACACAUCCUGAAGGAGCACGGCAUCCCGGAACUGACGGCACCGUUACAGCCGCCCGUCACGCGCAAGGUUUGGUGCUACCCGGUGCAGUUUGCGCUUCCUUCACCGCGUAUGCCCCAGAUCGAUUACAUUAACGACCGCGAUCACAUGGUCAUCAAGUACACGAACUCCGCGGUAAUGGCAGCACCCGAUACGCACGUGGUAAACAUAUCGCACCUCCAGAAGCUGGAGCAACUGUACCGGUACAACUGUUUCGAUGAUAAAAAGUUCGAUUUCUUCAUCGGGCGGGCGUACUGUAUGUUGAAACGAUACGCCACCUUUCUGGGGAACAAUGCGAACCCGAACCAGCAGGAACCGGAACUGACGCAGGCCGCCCUACCGGCGGUUGUGUUCGAGUGUUUGCACCAUCACUUCAACGUGACGUUUGAAUGUUUUGCAAGCCCGCUGAACUGCUACUUUCGGCAGUACUGUUCGGUGUUCGGGGAUACGGAUUCAUUUUUCGGCUCGAGAGGUUCGUUUCUGGAUUUCAAACCAGUGUCCGGUUCGUUUCAGGUGAAUCCACCGUACUGCGAGGAAUUGAUCGACGCCAGCCUGCAGCAUAUUGACCGCUUGCUAACCGAUUCGGUCGAACCGUUAAGCUUCAUCGUGUUCCUACAGGAAUGGAAAGAUCCGCCGUUAAAAUGCCUCUCGAAAGUCGAGGACAGCCCGUACAAACGCAAACAGGUGGUCGUGAUGGGUAUGGAGCAUGAGUAUCGCCAUGGGCUGCAGCAUUGUAUACCAAAAUCGGAGGUGAACUUUAAAAGCAUCGUCGGUACGAUGGUGGUGUGGUUACAAAAUGCAGCCGGGUACGCACGAUGGGCCCCGACCGAGACACGUGUCGACGCACUGCUGGAAGCAUUCCGUCCGGGUCGCGAACGAGAUCGGGACAAGGCGACCGCUACCACCGUACCUGUACAGCCGAGCUGUUCUGCCAGCGCGAGCUCACCCGACGUCGUACCGCCCGGUAACAGUAGUGCCGGCGACAUCCCGGCCACCGGGCCCGGUAAACCAUCGACCCCGGCCACUGUUUGA